ACUGGCGCUGUGGGUCGACCUCGGCCGAGCCGCCCGGCGUCUGGGCGUCUGGGACGUCUGUCGAGUGGCGGCCCGAUUCGCGCUGGCCUACGACGACUGGCACCAGCCGGACCUGCAGUCGCCACGCGCCGACGCCGCCAACUCGACAGACGUCGAUCUGUACCACGCGCCGGCCAACGAAGCGCCAGAAGACUGCUCGGGCCGCUGGGCCCAACUGCUCGGCCAGUUCAACCCUCAACGUGCCAGCCUCCAGAUCAGGUGA